AUGGCGAGAGACGGCAUCGAUAAGGGUGUCUCCUUCAAAUAUCGCUUCAAGUGGCCACUCACCUCUUGGAAGCCGUCGGCCGCGGCAGGGCCCGUCACCACGCCGCCAUGGCUGCCGCUACCCAAGAUUGUCAUGGCCUCUUUCGGGCUCAACCUGCUCAUGAUUCUCAUCGGCCUGGUUGUGUCGGGCCUCGAGCUUGGCGGCACGAUUGUCGUCAACACCAAAGCCAGUGGUCUCACCGAGAGUCUGGUCAUGAUCUCGUGCAUCUUUGGCCUGGUCUAUAUGAUCUGCUACAUGCUGGUCUCGCGCCGGCCGGAUCCCUUUGAGGGCAGCAACAACCGCGCCCGAACGCCGCGGCACACCAAGAUCAUUGUGCUGGGCCGCAUCACCAUUGUGCUGUGGUCCGUGUCGCUGCUGGCCUCGGCCAUUACUUUGAGCACGCGGCCGGCGGCCGGUGGAUCGUCUACCACGCCGCUGCAAGCAGGUCUGGCCACGGCCGCCAUCAAUUGCUUGGACAUGACCAUUGUGCAGGUUGUGGUAGAGCGCACCUUGCAGCCGUUUGUGCUCCCCUGGAUCACGCCGCCCAUCCCGGAGGGCCAGACGUCCGCCGCAAAAGCCCUGAUUGACGGUAUACUGGGUGACGGCAUCUCGGGCCACCCUUAUGCUGCGUCAAGCAGUGGUGCUGAAAGCGGUGGCGGCGCAUUAGCACGCAUCCCAAGCCGAACGUCGAGUGAAGAGGAAGCCGAAGAGGACGAGGAGGAGGAAGAGGAGGAGGAAGAGCCCGCCCCGCCCCCUGCCCCUAUCCCAUCCAAACGAAAACGAAAAACACGCGUCACCAUCCGCGAAACCAGCGACGACCUCAACGUCUCCACCAGCACCCUCGGCCCGCCGCCCUCCGUGCCGUCCUACAGCAACGAGCCCUUUGCCAUGCCCAGCUCCGGCAGCACCCUGGUUGAGCGCCAGGAGCUCUGGAGCCGCGUCGACGAGGGCGCCGUCAAACCUUCAUCCAUCAAACUGCCGCCCCCGCCGCCCAUGCACCAGAACAGCUUCGCUCCUGCCGCUGGCUCGUACAUCCUGCCCGUGCCGUCGCCCAUGGGGCACUUUUACCCGCCUCAGCCGACGUAUAUGUCGUCCACGGCCCAAAUUCCGAGCCCCGGGCCCGUUCCCGUGAUGACGCCCAUGCCGCCACGACCGCCGCUGUCGCGAACGUCGGCCAGCGGGUUUCCCCGUUACAGCGCGGCGCCCAUGGUCAACACGAGCAAUGCGCCGCCCGCGUUUGGUGUCAUGGGCACACGGCCGCUGUACGAGGCGGGGCGAAUGCACUCGUACACGGCCUAUAUCAACAGCCUGCAUGGAAACGGAACCAUUGCGGAAGAAGAGCAGACCGUGGACGACAGCGGUGUCGGUGGCAGUGGCAGUGGAGGCAGCACCAACGGCGAACGGUCGGACGGGACCCGCAGUGUGCCGGUGCCCAUGGGCGCACGGCCACCGCCGCCGCGGCCCAUCCGAGGUCGAAAAAUGUUUAACAAGGCCAUCCAGGACCUUAAAGCGUCGAACAAGCGCGAAGAGCCGAUCUGGGAUGACUACAGCACCAUCCGUGUGCCGGGGUCAUAUGUGUAA